GGGUGAGCAGGUCCAAUAGAGGCUGUGGAACACAGUGGGCGGGGAGGGCUGGGACCCUGGGAGCACUCCAUAUGGGUCCUCCCUCAUUUGUACCUCCUUAUACUGGGAGCUCAAUGCUGACCUCAUUUCCACUCAUCUGUUGGACAUGGCAGGUCAGGCUGAGUCGGGUAGGAGGAGCCACCUAAGCAGGGAAAUUCAGCACAGAAUGAUGGGAGAUAAGCUGCAAGAACACCCUCCUUUUCAGUGACAAGACAGUAAAGGUUAGCCCAUUAUCCCAUCCAUCUCAAGAAAAGAUUCUACAGAGCUGGGUGGCUCUGGCUUGUGUCUCAGUAAGUAAAAGGCAAGAUGGCAGUUCACUUACCCCUGUGAACUGAGGAUCAGGCUAAGCAACCUCCCGCCAGGGGCAACCACCACUGUCUCUUUCCCUUUGUCUCAUGUCUGCGCCCCUCCCCCAGGCUGCUGGCAUAGUUAAUUGGCCACUUAGAGGAGAGACGCCCUAGCCAAGAUUCAUGGCCCAGCUUCUAGCAGCCUCCCAGUAGGCUUAUUUGUCGGUGAACCCCAAGCUUGUACUAGGGCAUUCUAGGUCUCCGCCACCUCUACCUCCCACGCCUAUGCAACCUGUUCCGUGCUUUGUUGGUUUCUGGUCUGAGGAGCCCUUUAUAUCCUAUGUUAUGAGGCCCAUGGGCACCAGGCCAAAGCUGUUGGAAGCCUGCUGCACAGCUUCAAGAACAUAGGAAAGGAGAGGCGCAUGCAGCAGCCCCAUGGUGCCUCAGACUCUGGUCCCUAAGGAUGCAAGAAAACAGCCCCAGGCCUGGAGGAUGAUUAUGUGUGGCCUUGAAUAGUAGGGGCGGCGUCCAGCAACUAAAGUGUCUGUUCCUGCGUCAGGAAGCACAGACAGGCAAGCCCAGGAUAGCUACUUCGAAUCUCUGAAGCCCCAACCAACCCACCCCAGGGACCACUACGUCUCUUCAUGCCAAGAGCCAAUUAGAACCUUGGCCCCGCCUCACUCCAGAAAGCCAACAAAGCACAAGACCCGCACCACUUCCGCCCAGGGCCGGAAAUGUCUAGGAAACUGGUUGGCGCUCACAGUGCGUGGUGACGCACUUCCUCCUUGUGUCGGACCCGGCCCUGACGGCUUCCGACAGACGACGCUGCAGGCCUCAACCCUUUGCGAUUGGCAGUUAGCCCUGUAGUAUUGUGGGAACCGUGGCUCCGCCUUUUCCUUUUUCGUCAUUUCUGGGUGGAUUUCCGUGUGCGCUCCGGGAUGGCACGCUUGUUAAGGUUACAAGUCCCGGCAGGCAUUAGGCGGGAACCCAUUGCCUUCUGGGAGUUGUAGUUUCUCGGGCGCUGAAGCCACGAAAAUCUGAUCGCCCGAGACUCGGUUUCCCAGGAACCCGAGCGAGACUGGACAGGACCAAAUCCCGGGGAACUGGCGGGACGCUGCGGGAAAGGCGGCAGAGUAUUGAGGCGAGUACGGACGCUGGAACGCUCCUGUAUCUGUGCGCGCUAGGAUACCCUUUAACCACCCAGCUUCGCGAGGCCUCCCGUCCGGCUGUGAGUAGAGGCACUUGACAGAUAGUGGAGGUGGGACGGGUGUCAGGUCGUAUGGCGGAGACAGAGGCUGGCCUGGAGGCUGAUGAACCCACCGAGGAUGACACCCUGCCUUCUGACACCGUCUCCCUCAGCGACUCGGACUCGGACCUUAGCUUACCUAGUGGUGUGGAGGUCCAAGUGUUGUCCCCAGAGAGGCUUUCCGGGGAGGGCCAGGAGGACUCCAGCCCUGAGGACCCUCCCUCGCCCCCCACGGGCACCCUCACCCCUGCAGUGCAGCCAUUCCACCUCCGAGGCAUGAGUUCCACCUUCUCCCAGCGCAGCCACAGCAUCUUUGAUUGUCUGGAGAGUGCAGCCCGGCAGGCACCGCGCUCUGCUCCCCAAACCAGUGUGAGUGACAAUGGCAGCUUCAGGAGGCCCGUGACUCCCCCAAGUCAGACUCCAGCAAGGGGCCAGAGCAGAGUGCAUGGGAACACUGGCCAGACCAGGGUACUCCCUGUCCCUGACUAUGUGUCACACCCUGAGCGUUGGACCAAAUACAGUCUGGAGGAUGUGUCUGAAGCCAGUGAGCAGAGCAAUCGUGAUGCUGCCCUGGCCUUCCUGAGCUCUCGAAGCCAGGUGUCCCCCACAGACUAUGUGCCUUCUUUCAACCAGGACCCCUCUAGCUGUGGGGAGGGAAGAGUGGUCUUCACCAAACCAGUGAGGGACAGUGAGGCUAGGGCUGAGAGGAAGAGGGUCCUAAAGAAGGGGGUUGGGUCAGGUGUGGGGGGUGAGGCCGCUGUGGAGCUAGCCCAUCUCGCCGGACCCGAGGCUGAGGAAUGGAGUGGCCACCAGGGACAGCCAGAGGUGGUGGUACCUUCAGAAGCUGCCCAUCCUGAGUCCUCAUCAGGCCCCAUAGGUGUGAAGACUGUUGGUUUCCAUAGCAGCAAGAAGCGGAGCAGAGACCACUUCCGGAACAGGGACGGUAACCCUGGGGUGCCGGGGUCUGAGAAAGGACCCUCAGUUUGACUGCAGUGCUAUCACUCCACCCCUCACCUGCUAGUCCAAGUGGGAAGGUGUGGGCUGUCUGUAGUAGGGGAAUGUGUGCAGCAGCUCUGGCAGAGACUGUGGGAAUUGUGGUCAGGGGACCUCGAAGGCCUUUGUGCCCCAGUGUUUAGGAUGAAUAAUAAAUGUUUGGAAUAUUUCUUGAA